AAGACUAGUCGCUUUACUUUGGUUUGGUUUUUUAGUCUCUUUCGCAGCGUAGAUAAACGAACGCCUCUUUGGCAAGCACACAGAGGCCAUGGCGAGAAUAGCAUGCUCUCAGCUUCUUCCUUCAGUAGCACUUCCACUAAGGUCUUCUCUCUUUCAAAACUCUGCUCUCCGAUGGCUUAAACAUUCAGAAACCACCCAUUCUCUGUUCGUGAAGACGCGGCAGUUCUCCGCAGCAAAAAUAAGCAUGAGUUUGAGAGCCGGGAUUGUUGGCCUUCCCAAUGUCGGAAAAUCCACUCUCUUCAACGCCGUUGUUGAGAAUGGAAAGGCUCAGGCUGCUAAUUUUCCUUUCUGCACAAUAGAACCGAAUGUAGGGAUAGUAGCUGUCCCAGAUCCUCGUCUCAAUGUGCUCUCUGAUCUGAGCAAAUCACAACGAUCUGUCCCAGCAUCGAUAGAAUUUGUUGAUAUUGCUGGGCUUGUAAAGGGAGCCAGCCAAGGAGAGGGUUUGGGUAAUAAAUUCUUGUCACACAUUCGUGAAGUGGACUCCAUACUUCAGGUUGUGCGCUGUUUUGAGGAUAAUGACAUUGUUCAUGUGAACGGGAAAGUUGAUCCAAGGUCUGAUAUUGAUGUAAUCAACCUAGAGUUGGUGUUCUCAGACUUGGACCAGAUUGAAAAAAGAAUGGAGAAACUUAAAAAAGGCAGAGCUAAAGAUUCACAGUCUAAACUUAAGGAGGAAGCAGAAAAGUCUGCCCUGGAAAGAAUUAAACAGGCACUAAUGGAUGGAAAACCAGCUAGAUCAGUGUCCUUAACAGAUUUUGAAAAGGAUGCUGUGAACCAUCUUUGUUUACUUACAAUGAAACCAGUCAUAUAUGUGGCUAAUGUUGCAGAGUCAGAUGUAGCUCAGCCUGAAAGCAACACUCAUGUUAAAGAAGUGAUGAAUACUGCUUCCGAGUUACAAUCUGGUGUUGUAACCAUCUCUGCACAGGUUGAAUCAGAGCUAGCUGAACUGGCUCUAGAUGAAAGGAUGGAAUAUUUAAAAUCACUUGGUGUUAGUGAAAGUGGCCUUGGGAAUCUUAUUAGGACAACAUAUGCCCUACUGGGUUUGAGAACAUACUUCACUUCUGGCGAGAAGGAAACAAAAGCUUGGACCAUACUAUCUGGCAUGACUGCACCCCAAGCAGCUGGAGUAAUACAUUCUGACUUUGAAAAGGGUUUCAUUCGAGCAGAGACGGUUGCUUAUGAUGAUUUUGUUGCUGCUGGAUCACUUGCAGCUGCAAGAGAGAAAGGACUUUUGAGGUCAGAGGGUAAAGAGUAUGUCGUCCAAGAAGGGGACGUGAUGCUAUUUCGCUUCAAUGUGUGAUUAGAGUCAAGAAGUUAAUUGUAAAAUUUAAAGAAGCCUCUGAUUCUGCUGAGCAAGCUUCUGACAGCCUCCGAGCUUCAUACAUUGCCAUUGCAGGUGGGAGCUUCAUUUUGUUCAGUACUUGAGAUUCAUACCACAUAUCUUUGUGAUAGUGCCUCUCAAAUAGUGACCUAUUAAUCUUUUGUAUGGAGUAUUCUUAUAUGUUUGUUUUUAUUUAUUUAUAUUCUUCCUAGUUGAUGAAGGACUGCUUGAUACAAAUACAUUUGUAUCCGAAAGAGGAAAUGUACAAAAGAUUAAAAGGAAAUUAAGAUAAAAGCAUGAUGGAUUUCUUUUUAUUAUUAUU